CUUGAAGGCGUUCGUAGCUUAAUUUCGCUUCCCGGUUUUUUGGUUCGAGGUCGACGAGCGUAAUCGCAAAGACGCAUUCUGUUAACAAGCUGUGAAAUUUAUUAUUAAGACUUGUGGGAAAUAUCCCAGAAGAUGAAGUCAACACGCAAAGUAGUUGGGAUUUUUUGGGCCACCUGCCUGCUGCCUUUCACCGUUCUACAAAAUGUUGAGGCCCAAGGAACUUGUAGAAAUCCCAACCAAAAACAGGGGCGAUGCUUGUCCGUAUACGACUGUCAAAGUCUGCUUUCCGUGCUUCAACAGAGUUAUGUCAGCCCGGAGGAAAGAACAUUCCUUCGGAACUCGCAGUGCGCCAAUGGAGUAGGUCGCCAGCCAUAUGUUUGCUGUACAAAUGAUCGCAGCUUGGGAUCCCAGGAGACCACCUCCGCUGCCCCGCCUUCGACGACUACGAGUUCAAGUUCACGGGGUCAAGAAGGUCAGCCGGGUCAGGGCAGUCUGCUGCCCUCGCCACCCAAGUGCGGACCCCACUCCUUCAGCAAUAAGGUCUAUAAUGGCAACGACACUGCUAUUGACGAGUUCAACUGGAUGGCGCUGCUUGAAUACGUGGAUAAAAGGGGACGUCGUGAGCUCAGCUGCGGUGGCAGUUUGAUCAACAAUCGAUACGUUCUUACCGCCGCUCAUUGCGUCAUUGGUGCCGUAGAAACGGAGGUGGGUCGCCUAACUACCGUUCGGCUGGGUGAAUACGACACCAGCAAGGAUGUGGACUGCGUAGAUGAAAUAUGCAACCAGCCCAUUCUUCAAUUGGGCAUCGAGCAAGCGAUUGUACAUCCCCAAUAUGAUCCUGCCAACAAGGACCGCAUCCACGACAUUGCCUUAUUGCGAUUAGAUCAACCUGUUUUUCUUAAUGAGUAUAUUCAGCCUGUUUGUUUGCCUUUGGUCAGCACACGAAUGGCCAUCAAUAUAGGCGAAAUCUUGGUAGUCAGCGGAUGGGGCCGAACCACAACAGCCCGGAAGAGCACCAUCAAGCAGCGAUUGGAUCUGCCCGUGAACGACCACGAUUACUGCGAGCGUAAGUUCGCCACGAGGAAUAUCCACCUGAUCAGUUCCCAGCUCUGUGUUGGCGGGGAAUUCUACCGCGACAGCUGCGAUGGCGACUCCGGCGGACCGCUGAUGCGAAGGGGGUUCGACCAGGCGUGGUACCAAGAGGGCGUGGUCUCCUUCGGCAACCGCUGCGGACUAGAGGGCUGGCCAGGUGUCUACACACGGGUAGCCGACUACAUGGACUGGAUCCUGGAGACUAUUCGACCCUGAGCAGGGGAACGAAGGCCGCUUUUGUCCUGAUAAUGUUUUAAUUAAAGUCAAGUCGAGAGUGCUCUUUGGGCAGGGCGCCCAUCCCUUAAUUAACUAGCAUUCAAUGUGAUUUUAUCAGCUGCAGUUACUACGCUGCGUAUACGUAAUGCGCUUACAAUCUAGCGCCGUUUGCGGUAAUUAAAAUCGCUGUUCCCCUAUGGGAUGGGAUGGUAAGAGUUCAGUUGAAUAACUUUCAAGAUGCGGCCAACUUGCCCAGAGGCACCUUCUUAGCACCACAGCGAUUUUCUGUGCAAUUUGGCAAUGAAUUUCUAUUAUGCAAGCAGUGCUCUUCCGGACUUCCUGCGCUCCCUCCUCAAAGUUUUCACUUGUUUGCAGGCUGAUUGCAUUGAAGGCGUGGCGGGGCUGGAAAACAAAGUAGACACUGCCUAGGCUCAUUAAUUAUGUGCGCGCGGAAAGGUUAAUGAUGACUGCAGGAACCGGUUAGCAUGGACAAAAGGCUCGGGUUUCUUGACCAAAUUUACCGAGUCCACAUAAGAGCUUUUUAUGUGCAAGAAGUAAACAAGGAUCGCAAAGCUAUUCAGAGAAACUUAACUUAAAUGGUUUAGUAGUUGGGUGCUUAUUCCGUUAUGUAAAAGAGCCUUUUUUUAAAACAAUGGAUUUAAGGAAGGAGUAUCCAGUCCCUAGAUAGGCAAUAAGCUUUUCAGCAAUUUUUUGACAUUUGCAGUUGCACACUGCACACUAAGGAUAUUUUUUGUGGUCUUCUUUUAUUAUCAACGAUUUUAUGAACAAAUUUUGCACUUUUGCAAUUCUUAUGAUUGUUUCUUCAGGCUUUUCUUAGCCGUUCAAAACGAACAAAAACCAUGCAUAUUCGGGGCAUUUUCCUUUUGACCCGAAGUCAUGCUUCUUUGAAUGGGUUUUAUCUCCUAAACUGUUGGUUUCUACAUUAUUGAAAAGGACCAUGAGCAAGUUUGAAAUCAAUAUAGGAACAGUUUCACAACAAUUCGGGUAGAAUAUUUAUUUAUUUGAGCAAUAAGUGCAUAAUGAAAUACGCGAUUCUGACAUCAUUUUAUUAACCAGUUAGUUACAUAUUGAGAACAAAACAUACUCGAAACAUUAUCAAUAUUUACCUAAUUUGCGAUCGUAAAGGCAUAGGGGCUGCUUUAAAAGAAUCUGGUAUUCCUUUUUACUCUACAAGUAACGGAUAUAAAAAUAUUACUCAGCUGGAGGAAGUGCGAACAAGAAAUUUUGACAUUUUGAGCUGCGCCCAAGUCUCUAGAAUCUGAUGCUGAAUUUCAACUUUCUAGAUUUAACAGUUCCUGAGUCUCGACGUGGACAUGGCCAGAUCGACUUGUUUUUUGAUCCUGAUCAAGAAUAUAUAUAAUUUAUAUGGUCGAAAACGCUUCCUACUUUGCAGCGAAUAUGGCAUACCCUCUUACUCUACGAGUAACGCUUUAUAAUUAAGUUUAAGAUCACCAUUUUCUAAAAGUUUAAGUACUUAUGAUAAAACGUACGUUGUCAGACUCAGAUAGCGGGUCGCCGA